AUGAGCCAAAUCGACGCUCAGCUCAAGGAUGUCGCCAUCCUCGGUGCCAUCCCCAACGAGGCCCGCAAGAUCCUGACCAAGGAGGCCUCCGCCUUCCUGGCCAUCCUGCACCGCACCUUCAACCCCACCCGGAAAGCCCUCCUGCAGCGUCGCAUUGACCGUCAAGCCGAGAUCGACAAGGGCAAUCUCCUCGACUUCCUGCCCGAGACGAAGCACAUCCGCGAGAACGAUGCCUGGAAGGGUGCCCCCCCGGCCCCGGGUCUGGUGGACCGUCGUGUUGAGAUCACUGGCCCCACGGAUCGGAAGAUGGUGGUGAAUGCGUUGAACUCGGACGUGUGGACUUACAUGGCUGAUUUUGAGGACUCGAGUGCACCCACAUGGGAGAACAUGAUCGGCGGCCAGGUGAACCUGUACGACGCCAUCCGCCGACAAGUGGACUUCAAGCAGGGCGGCAAGGAGUACAAGCUGCGAACGGACCGGGUGCUGCCGACGCUGAUUGCACGCGCUCGAGGCUGGCACCUCGACGAGAAGCACUUCACCGUCGACGGCGAGCCCAUCUCCGGCAGUCUCUUCGACUUCGGUCUCUACUUCUUCCACAACGCCAAGGAGCUGGUGGCCCGCGGGUUUGGGCCUUACUUCUACCUGCCCAAGAUGGAGUCGCAUCUGGAGGCGCGUUUGUGGAACGACGUAUUCAACCUUUCUCAGGACUACAUUGGUAUUCCCCGCGGUACGAUCCGUGGAACUGUCCUCAUCGAGACUAUCACGGCGGCGUUUGAGAUGGACGAGAUCAUCUACGAGUUGCGGGAUCACAGCUCUGGGUUGAACUGUGGUCGGUGGGAUUACAUCUUCUCGUUUAUUAAGAAGUUCCGGAAGCACCCCAAUUUCGUCCUGCCCGAUCGGUCCGACGUUACCAUGACGGUGCCGUUCAUGGAUGCCUACGUCAAGUUGUUGAUCAAGACGUGCCAUCGGAGAGGUGUGCAUGCCAUGGGUGGUAUGGCCGCUCAAAUCCCCAUCAAGACCGACCAGGCCGCCAACGACAAGGCCAUGGAGAGCGUGCGCGCCGACAAGCUGCGCGAGGUGCGUGCCGGCCACGACGGCACCUGGGUGGCGCAUCCGGCUCUGGCAGCCAUUGCGUCCGACGUGUUCAACCAGCACAUGCCCACGCCUAACCAGCUGUUCCGACGCCGCGAGGACGUCCACAUCACCGCCAAUGAUCUCCUGAACACGAACGUUCCGGGUAAGAUCACCGAGGACGGAAUCCGGAAGAACCUGAACAUCGGUCUGUCGUAUAUGGAGGGUUGGCUGCGUGGAGUUGGCUGUAUCCCGAUUAACUUCCUCAUGGAGGACGCCGCCACCGCCGAAGUCUCCCGCUCUCAACUCUGGCAAUGGACCCACCACGGCAUCUCGACCAACGACGGCAAGAAGGUCGACAAGGCCUACGCCCUGCGCCUGCUGAAGGAGCAGGUCGACGAGCUCGCCGCCAAGGGACCCAAGGGCAACAAGUUCCAGCUCGCCGGGCGGUACUUUGCCGGCCAGGUCACGGGCGAGGAGUAUGCCGAUUUCUUGACCAGUUUGCUGUAUAAUGAGAUCUCGACUGCGGGGCAGGCUUCGAAGUUGUAA